AGAAUAUUAUUUAUUUAUAAGAGAGUUUAAGAAAAUGCAAAAUAUUUGUAGAAACAUAAAAACAGCUGGCGGCAACAGGUGGUUUGGUCCCCAGAGGAACGCACGUGUUCGAAAACGUGUGGGUUUUGUUUACCUUAAUUGAUUUCAAUUGGCUCAAAUCAGACCAAGAUGAUUCGAAAGGUGCCCCUAAUUGUGAUUUUGGGCUCCACGGGCACCGGCAAGACGAAGCUCUCCCUAGAAUUGGCCGAACGCUUCGGGGGCGAGAUAAUCAGCGCCGAUUCCAUGCAGGUUUACACCCACUUGGACAUUGCCACCGCCAAGGCCACCAAGGAGGAGCAGUCCCGGGCACGUCACCACCUACUGGACGUGGCCACUCCUUCAGAACCCUUUACAGCCACCCACUUUCGCAAUGCCGCUCUGCCCAUCGUGGAACGCCUGCUCUCCAACGCAACUCCUCCAAUUGUGGUGGGCGGAACCAAUUACUACAUAGAAUCCCUUCUCUGGGAUGUCCUGGUGGACUCGGAGGAUAAGCAGGCUAAAGGCAAACCUUUAGGGGAGCAUCUUAGCCAGUGAUUGAAUGCCAUGUCCACCCAGGACUUACAUCAUCAUCUGGCCAAGAUCGACAAGGGUAGCGCCAACCGCAUCCACCCCAAUAACCGGCGUAAGAUCAUCCGGGCCAUCGAAGUUUAUCAAGGCACGGGGCAGACUUUAACCAAGAAGUUAGAGGACCAGCGAGCCCAACCAGGUGGAAACCGCCUAGGUGGACCCCUCCGCUAUCCCCACAUCAUCCUCUUGUGGCUGCGCUGUCAACAGGAGGUUCUCAAUGCCCGCUUAGACUCUCGAGUAGAUGGAAUGCUAGCUCAAGGACUCAUCCGUGAGCUACGCCAGUUCCAUAAUGCGCACCAUGCCACUACUGUUCAGGCGUAUACCUCUGGUGUCCUGCAGACUAUUGGUUACAAGGAGUUUGUGCCCUAUCUGUUAAAAUAUGACCAACAGCAGGAUGAAAAAAUAGAAGAGUACCUACGGAACCAUAAUUACAAGCUACCCAGUCAAGAAGAACUGAAGGAAGAUGGGCUGCCAGAAGGCUUGGAUCUCCUGCGCAAUUGCUGCGAGGAACUGAAGCUUGUUACGCGGCGUUACUCCAAAAAGCAGUUGAAAUGGAUCAACAAUCGGUUUCUGGCCAGCAAGGAUCGCCAGGUACCAGAUCUCUUCGAACUGGACACCAGUGAUGUGGCAGCUUGGCCGGAGGAAGUGUAUCAGCGGGCAGAGACCAUAAUUGAAAGUUAUCGCAAAGACACGUUAUGCGAGUAGCCAAUGGCCAAAAGGGAGCAUCCUGGAGCGGAUUUGGAUGAAGAGACUAGCCACUUUUGCGCCACCUGCGAGCGACACUUCAUCGGGGAGUACCAAUGGGGACUGCAUCUGAAGUCCAACAAACACAAGCGCCGAAGAGGGCAGCGCAAGAGGGAAAGGGCCCAGGAGACGAAGCUUUCAGCGGAUCAAGCGAAGAAGCAGAAGGGAGCGGAUGAGGAGUCUCAGCAGCCACCCAGCCAAGUCAACGAUACUGAUAAGGAAUUGUAAAACCAGACACGGCUUGGCAAUAAAGAAACCUACGUAAAUUUGA